AUGAUUUCCGUCAAAGGUUUCCUUACAGCUCUGCUUCUUCAAGCAUCUGCUGGAUAUAGUAGUCCAAUUGCUGCAGUUGAGAAGCGAGCUUCUGGCUUUCUUAACAAGGUUUACUUUGUCAACUGGGGUAUCUAUGGGCGAAACUACCAGCCAGCACAGCUCCCAGCUUCGCAAAUCAACCAUGUUCUCUAUUCGUUCGCGAAUCUAAGGUCUGAUGGGACUGUAUAUGCGUCAGAUACUUACGCCGACUUGGAAAAGCACUACGAUGGCGACUCAUGGAACGAUGUUGGAACCAAUGCCUAUGGCUGCGUAAAACAGCUGUACUUGUUGAAAAAGGCCAACAGACACCUCAAGGUGCUCCUUAGUAUCGGUGGUUGGACUUACUCUUCCAACUUCGCGGGCGCAGCCAGCACGGACGCGACAAGGAAGACUUUUGCCCAGACCGCAGUGACUCUUAUCAAGGACUGGGGUUUCGAUGGUAUUGACAUCGAUUGGGAAUAUCCCGCCGAUGAUACCCAGGCUAGCAACUUUGUUGAACUCCUAAAGGCCGUCCGAUCUGAGCUUGACUCUUACUCAGCUCAAUAUGCUAACGGCUACCAUUUCCUUCUCACUGCUGCAGUGCCUGCCGGCCCGGCAAACUACCAGAAACUACACCUUAAAGAUAUGGCACCGUUGCUUGACCAAUUCAACCUUAUGGCUUAUGACUACGCCGGCUCUUGGGACACUACCUCUGGUCAUCAGGCGAACUUAUACCCCAACCCUCAAAACCCGGUCUCUACACCAUUUUCAACUGAUGCAGCUCUCUCUGCCUAUAUCAAUGCCGGUGUUCCGAGUAAUAAGUUGGUCCUUGGACUACCCUUGUACGGCCGCGCGUUUGACGCAACGGAUGGUAUUGGCAAGCCUUAUAGUGGUGUUGGUCAAGGCUCGUGGGAAGCUGGUGUCUAUGAUUAUAAGGUUCUACCCCGAGCUGGAGCGCAAGAAAUUUACGACGACGCGGCUGGCGCAACUUACAGUUAUGAUAGUUCGGCUAGGGAGCUAAUCAGCUACGACAAUGUCGACAUGAUCAAGAAGAAGAUUUCCUACGCCCAGAGCAAGAGUUUAGGUGGCUCGAUGUUUUGGGAAGCUUCGGGUGAUCGAACAGACAGCGGCAGUUUGAUCGCAGCCGCGUACAACGCUCAAGGAGGAUCGGGCGCCCUUGACAGUUCAGAGAACCUCCUCAGCUACCCCAACAGCCAGUAUAACAAUAUCAAGAACAACCUGAACUAG